GCCAAUCAGUAAACCACUGGAUUUGAGAUCUGCUCUAAACAUGUUCUUGCUUGUAUAUUCCAGCAGUCACUCGGUGGUCGUCAGUUUUUGUCCCCCAACACUUGAAUAGUGUAACUUUCAUUUAUCUCAGUAUUAAUUUCAAAACAAGUGUAAUAUCAAUUAAUUUUUGAACAAUUUAAAAUUGAAUUUUUCAUACCACCCAGUGAUGUAACAUUUUAUUUUCCACAAGACUAAAAGGCAAGAGCCAAUGAAUAGUUAUCAUACAAUUGGAAUAAAUCAAAGUAUAAUUGGAAGCCUUGUCAGUUCACUAGCACAUGGUUUGAACAGAAAUUGAGAAGUACUGAAUGUUUCAUAGUUUUCUACCCAACCCAAUUGAUUUCGAGUCAUCAAAUCAUGUCGGAAAACUUGGACGAACUCAAACAGAAAUGUUUAACUCUGGCUCAAGAACUCCAGGAGCUUUUCCAAUGUCCGGUUUGUCUCGACUCCUUAGAUGUUUUACACUGGUUAUGCAAGAACGGUCACGGUGUCUGCAGUUCCUGUAGAUCUAAUCUCAAAUCGUGUCCGACAUGUGAGAGGAAGUUUGUCAUAUGUAGACCUACUUUAACGAAUCAACUCCUGGAGCGUCUUCCUAAACCUUGUUCUUUUGCUGUUCUCGGUUGCCCUGAGGUUUUGUUCUCGAAAGGUCACGAACAGUACUGUGAGUUCAGACAGACAUGGUGCAGGAUGAAGGAUUGUGAAUGGAUAGGUUCUGUGAAAAGUGUACUUGAACAUCUACAAGAAAACCAUAAGGUCCAUUUACCUGAAAACUCAACCGAAUCUUUCAUAAGCUGUCAUCAUUCGACUUUUUCUUUAGCAGAAGAUUUCAGUAGGUACUCAACAAUUAUGUUUAAAAACAACGUUUUUUGGCUGUUAUUUGAUAGAGACAGUUCGACAAGGAGUAUAACUUUUAGAUUCCACUAUUUUCCGACAAAAAAACCGACGCACGAUUACUACUUCAUUGUGUCAUUGAAAAAAGGAGUGAUGGAGUUUACAACCACUUCAAAGGCAUUAAUCGAUGUAGGAGUUGAGUUUGCUUCUGAUAAUAAGGAAUGGGUUUACGGCCCUGACGUACCCAAACUCGUCAUUCCAGACUCUGAAUUUGACAAGAUUUUGGAAGAUGGACAUAAGCUGAAUUUUACUAUAAAUAUAGUGGAAGUGGAAAUUAGUGACUCAUGAGUGAGUCGUCCACGGUGACCAGUUAAACAAUGAUCUACAUUGUCUAAUAGAUGUACUUUUAUUGAUUAGUUCUUGUGUUUUAACCUAAUAACAAGAGUUGACUUGUUACCUCAUUGUUAAAAUAUUUACUUAGUAACGUUUAUACAUAUUCAACUAGCAAUAUAAAUAUUUGUACUUGUAUUACAAUUGAUAUCCACUAAGAGACUAUUUAUUAAAAUUUUCAUUGUAGUAGUUUACAGUAAUAGCUGAUUCGAUAUUUAUGCAUGUGAUAGAGAUUUGACAAUGCAGUGGUAAUUAAGGUUUUAAAUGGAAUAUGUAAAGCAAAUUUGUGUUUGCCAAAAUGGCCGCUGAACUCUCUCUAAUAUUAGACUUUUUAUGCCUUGAGUUGUGUUUUAAAUUUUACAAUAUUAGUAGAACACUUUUUACCUGA